GCAGAGGAGAGAGGGACCAGGCUGUGCAUGUGCAGUGGACUGGCUAAUCUCUGGGCUGCCAAUGAGAGCAAACAAUAGAGGCUGCCAUGCACUAAGUCUAUCUAUUGGGGAUACAAAGAGACCUAUCACAGAGGGGUGAAAUUCAACUGGACACUUCUGAUUUUUUUUUUCUCAAGAAACAACAUCAUUCCAUUAGGAUUUUAAUUCUGCAAAUAUGGUAUAUGUGGCUUUGAUCCUGUGCUGGGCUGCGCUGAUGGCAAACGUUGGAUGUAGCGUGCAGAAGAAAGGCACAGACAGCAAUGGGAGAAAGUACAGCCGGAUCCAGCAUGGCCAGUGCACUUAUACAUUCAUUCUGCCGGAGCAAGAGGGCAACUGCAGGGAGAGCGGCAGCAGCAGCAGCAGCACCACUGAGAAGUACAACAGCAAUGCUCUGCAGAGGGAUGCUCCGCAAAUGGAUCAGGAUUUCUCUUCCCAGAAACUCCAACAUCUGGAGCUGGUGAUGGAAAAUUACACUCAGUGGCUGCAGAAACUGGAGAACUACAUUGUGGAUAACAUGAAGUAUGAGAUGGCCCAGAUGCAGCAGCACGCAGUUCAGAACCAUACAGCCACCAUGCUGGAGAUAGGGACAAAUUUGCUGAGCCAAACUGCCGAGCAGACAAGAAAGCUGACAGAUGUUGAAACGCAGGUUCUUAAUCAGACGUCACGACUUGAAAUUCAGCUGCUGGAAAACUCACUGUCCACUUACAAAUUGGAAAAACAGCUCAUUCAACAAACAAAUGAAAUUGUAAAAAUCCAAGAAAAAAACAGUUUACUAGAAAACAAAAUGGUGGAGAUGGAAGAAAGACACAAGGAUGAACUGAAUACCCUAAAAACAGAAAAGGAAUCUUUGCAAAAUCUAGUGUCCCGUCAGAUUUACAUAAUCCAGGAGCUGGAGAAGCAAUUGAAUAAGGCAACAAGUAACAACAGCAUCUUGCAGAAACAGCAGCUUGAGCUCAUGGAUACAGUGCAUAACCUUGUUAAGCUCUGUUCCAAGGAAGGAGUAACCGUAAAGAAUGUUAAAAAGGAAGAGGAGAAGCCAUUCAGAGACUGCUCGGAUCUCUUCCACGCUGGAUUUAACAAGAGUGGCGUAUACACCGUAUACAUAAAUAAUGUAUCAGAAUCUAAAAAGGUUUACUGCAAUAUGGACACUGCAGGUGGUGGCUGGACAGUAAUUCAGCAUAGAGAAGAUGGGAGUGUUGAUUUUCAGAGAGGCUGGAAGGAUUACAAAAUGGGGUUUGGGAGCCCAUCUGGUGAAUUUUGGCUGGGGAAUGAGUUUAUUUUUGCACUAACCAGCCAAAGGCAGUACACUCUGAGAAUUGAUUUAACGGACUGGGAAGGAAAUCAUGCACAUUCCCAGUAUGACCGGUUUCACAUAGGAAAUGAAAAGCAGAACUACAGAUUGUAUUUAAAGGGUCACAGUGGGACAGCAGGGAAGCAAAGCAGCCUAAUCUUGCAUGGUGCAGACUUCAGUACAAAAGAUGCAGACAAUGACAACUGUAUGUGCAAAUGUGCUCUCAUGCUGACGGGAGGUUGGUGGUUUGAUGCCUGUGGUCCUUCAAACCUGAAUGGGAUGUACUACACCGCAGGGCAGAAUCACGGAAAGUUGAAUGGAAUAAAGUGGCAUUACUUCAAAGGCCCUAGUUACUCCUUACGUGCAACAACAAUGAUGAUCCGGCCCUUGGAGUUCUAAUUCAGCGAGAACCAGCCAGUCACUCCUGAUUAUAACAUCACUAUAACUGAUGACCAGAAACACAUAAACAUUUGUUUUCUACUCUCAGAUGAAUUUUGUGGACUUGGAGCAAGGCAUCAGUAUACGUCAUUUUUAAGAAAUACAACUGAAUAAUAGUUUCAAGAAUUUUUGAGGACAAAUAAACUGCACUUUUAGGAUUGCUGAUGCGGAAACAAACUUUUCAGACUUCUCCUGAUACUAAUAUCAGUGGAGCAAUUUUAAUAACAAACUCUGUAGAUAUGAAUAUAGUAGUUACAAAGUAAUAUUAAGAUAUCAGUGUGAUGCAGCUCCCGAGAGCCUCUUCAUCAGAAGACCCAAAGGUUUGUUUAAAGACUAUUUUGUUUGCAGAUUAUUCUUAUUCUUAUUCUUACAUUUCUUGGGCAACCGCAUUCUUUCACUAUUCAGAAAUAAUGAUUUCGGAAUCAAUGAAGAUUUCAGAAUCAAUGAAGAUUUUUUAGUUUCCGCUUACACAAGGUUUCUUAUUUUUUCUGUAUACCGUCAGAACAAGUUACAAAUGAUAUUGAGGACAAUGCUUAUUGACAGAAAACAUCUGCAAACUUGUUAUUGUGAAAGUAUCAUAAAUCUUUAAUAAGAUUAAUAUUCAUUGUACUAUUCAAAUAUGGAAUGGCUACGUUAAAAGAAAAUUGUAUCAAAUGCAUAGCCACUUGCAUUUAAUAAGCUGUAGUAGAUGAGUAGACGUCAGUACCUACAUUUUCACUUAGUUUGUUACUCACCUAUACUUUUUGCCAGAGCAAUGUAUAUGAAGUAUAAUUUGUGAGCAAAUGAGUACCAUUCUUGAUACCCUCGUUUAACAACACACAGCUAUUAAAUGUAUUCUUUUA